GGCGAAACUUGUCAAGCACUCACACCAUGUCUGUUAGCAACGAUCUCAUCUGGCAAGUUAUCCGUGAUAACAACCGCUUCCUUGUUAAGCGCUCUGAGUUCGGUGGCAUCCAAUUCAACCGUGAGCCCUUCAACGUCACCGGAAAGAACUCUCAACGUUUCUCUGGUCUCACCAACGACCGUGCCGUUGGUAUCAACGCUAACAGCCCUCGUGGUGUUGUUUUGGUCACCAAGACCAACCCCAAGAACGCUCAAAAGCCUGCCAAGCUUUUCCGCAACGACGUAAUUGCUAACAAGUCUUCCCGUAAGACCUACAAGAGCGUUGCUGGCCGUGUUGGCAAGACUGGCUACCGUCCUGACCUUUUGAACGUUUCUAUCGCUCGCUCUUCUGCUAUUCUUGCCUCUCAACGCCCCAAGAAGAACUCUGCUUAAAUGUGGUGUUAGUAGAAAAUAAAAUCUGACUUCAUGCUUAUCCAUCAAUGUGUUCGUAUUGUUGUUAUUAUAUUAUAAAUUAACAGAAUAAUUAUUUUUGUUAAGAUCAAUAUUCUAAAUAGAAAUCCAUUAUCAUUCCCA